UUUCCUUCAAACCUUGUGGACGUUGAUCUGCUCUUUCAAACCCAUCAUGUCGGAUAGGGAAGCCACAUCUGUCACGCCCGGCCACUUCAAGGUCGCAGGCAAGGAGUUCAAGAAUAUCAACUGGCUCAAGAGUCCCAACCUGCGGACUACCUACUUCCUCAUGUUUUUUGUGAUCUUGACGAGUGCUACAAAUGGUUACGAUGGAUCCAUGGUCAACGGUCUUCUUACGCUUGAACAGUUCACUGAAUAUAUGGGCGAUCCUUCAGGGUCUAUCAAAGGUCUCUUUAGCGGAAUUCUGUUUCUCGGAUCUCUUCUCGCCCUCCCCGUCACUCCGUAUAUUGCGGAUGGAUUGGGAAGAAGAAUGGGCAUUGUCAUCGGGUCCAUCAUCAUGCUGUUAGCCGUGGCCCUCCAGAGCGCAUCGGUCAACUACAGCAUGUUCAUCGCUGCUCGAUUCUUCCUGGGUUUUGGCGUUGCUAUUGCACAUGGCUCGGCACCUUUGCUCAUCACGGAAGUCUGCCACCCGCAACACCGCGCUAUAUUCACGACCAUCUACAACACCACGUGGAACAUCGGCAGCAUCAUCGCCGCUUGGCUGACAUACGGAACCAACAACGUCUCGAACGAAUGGGCAUGGCGCAUUCCAUCCAUCGUGCAAGCGCUCCCCUCCAUCCUCCAAAUCACUUUCAUCUGGUUCGUCCCGGAAUCUCCUCGUUGGUACAUUUCCAAAGGCCAGCCCGAGAAGGCGCUCCAUGUAUUUGCCCAUGUGCAUGCUGAAGGCAACGCCGAUGAUGAGAUUGUGCAGCUCGAAUUCCAGGAGGUUCAGGAGACUAUCGCGAUCGAGAAGGAGGCUGAGCAAACCGGUUGGCUGGAACUUUUCAAGACCAAGGGUAACCGCCACCGACUCAUCAUCCUGAUUUCUGCCGGUCUGUUCUCGCAAUGGUCCGGUAACGGGUUGGUAUCGUACUACAUUUCGGGUGUAUUAGAGACGAUCGGCAUCCACGACGCAGACACAAAGCUCAAGAUUAACGGAGGUCUCAAUAUCUGGAAUUUUGUUGUUUCCACGACAAUGUGUUUCUUCGUCGACAAGAUCGGCCGUCGCCCACUCUUCCUCAUCUCGACUGCCGGCAUGUGCGUCACCUUCGUGAUUUGGACCAUCCUCUCCGAGCGCUUCGAAGCCACGCAGGUCAAGGCAAACGGCAGCGCAGUCGUCGCCAUGAUCUUCCUCUACUACACCUUCUACAACCUCGCGUGGUCCGGUCUGCUGGUCAGCUACACGGUCGAAAUUCUGCCGUACAGUCUGCGUGCAAAAGGCAUGUGCUACAUGUUUGCCAUGGUGGAUAUUGCCUUGUUCUUCAACACUUACGUCAACCCUAUCGCCCUCGACAACAUUCAGUGGAAGUACUACAUUGUCUACUGCGCAUGGCUCGCUGCUGAACUCGUCUUCAUCUACUUCUUCUACGUUGAAACCAAGAACACGCCGCUCGAGGAAAUCGCGCGAUACUUUGACGGCGACGCCGCGCUGCUGGGAGGCCAUGCGGCUACGGAGAAGGGCGCCAUCAUUGCGCGCGAACUCGAUGAGAAGAGGGGAAAUUCGAUUGCUGAGGAGCGUGUAGAGACAAAGAAUACAGCCUAA